AUUUUCUUUCCGCCGCAGUGUUAGUCGGAGUCUGCCCGGAGUCGGAGAGUCAUGGCCGCCUGAGUGAGCUCGGACUUCGGCGUAACUGCUCGUCUUCGCCCAGCCCUCCGCUCCCGCUUCGGGGGACACCCCCGCGGCUUCCUCCGCUCUUCGCUGUUUUUUUUUUUAAACGGGAUUUAUUACCAUUCAUGUCAGUGCUCCAACAUGCAGCCCCCGCCGAGAAAGGUAAAGGUGACUCAGGAGCUGAAGAACACUCACGUGGAGCAGCUGACCCGGCUGCACAUCAAACACCAGAGCGAGUGUGACCUUCUGGAGGACAUGAGGACCUACAGUCAGAAGAAGGCUGCCAUCGAGAGGGAGUACACACAGGCCCUGCAGAAGCUGGCUGGCCAGUACUUAAAGAGGGACUGGCCCAGCGUCAAGGCGGAUGAGCGUGCCGACUACAGGAACGUGUACGCAGUAUGGCAGGCCUACCUGGAGGGCACGGUGCAGGUGACCCAGUCGCGCAUCAACAUCUGCGACGGCUACAAGAGUGAGAUCUCGGACCCAGCUAAGGCCGUCAAGUUGUACAAAGAGCAGCAGCUAAAGAAGUGUAUGGACCACCUGACCCGCGUCCAGACCGAGCUGCAGGACACCGUAAAGGAAUUGGCCAAAUCCAAGAAGAAGUACUUUGAACUGGAGCAGAUGGCCCAGGCUGUGAGAGAGAAGGCCGACAUCGAGGCCAAGUCCAAGCUGAGUCUCUUCCAGUCCAGAAUAAGUUUACAGAAAGCCAGCGUGAAGUUAAAAGCCAAGAGGAACGACUGCAACUCGAAAGCCACACAUGCGCGGAACGAGUACCUCCUCACCCUGGCAGCGGCCAACGGCCACCAGGAGCGGUACUACCAGACGGAUCUGACGGGCUGCAUGAAGACCCUGGAUGGUAACUUCUAUGACCAUGUGAAGGAAUACCUGAUGUCCUUCUGCCGUAUGGAGCUGGAGGCCUUCCAAGCCGUGCACACCACCUUCCAGUUCCUCCUGGAGAAGUCCAGCCGGGUGAUGCAGGAUUUCAAUCAGCAGCUCUUCAUGCAGGAGAACCCCAUCUUCCACAAGGCACCAGCUUUCCAGUUUCAGCCCAGUGACAGCGACACGAGCCGGCAGCUGGAAUCUGAGACGGGGACCACGGAGGAGCACAGCCUGAACAAAGAAGCACGUAAAUGGGCGACCCGCGUGGCUCGUGAGCACAAGAACAUCAUCCACAGCCAGCGGGCGCUAGAGGAGUAUGAGACGCAGGGAGCGCUUUCCUCGGAGCAGGGCCGCAGUGACCUGGAGCUGAAAAUCGAGGAGAUGAGAGAGAGUAUCCGUAAGGCAGAGACCAUCAAGCUGAAGGCCGAGGCCCGUCUGGACCUCCUGCGGCAGGCUGGCGUGUCUGUGGACACCUGGCUGAAGAGCGCCAUGAACCAGGUGAUGGAGGAGCUGGAGAACGAGCGCUGGGCCAUGCUGCCCUCGCUCACUACCCACGAUGCCCCUCUCUCGGGCGGCGUCGACCUGGAGCGAGACGAAGGUGAGGAGUUUGAGGACAACAUGGAGGUUUUCGAUGACAGCAGCUCCAGCCCGUCUGGUACUCUACGCAACUACCCGCUCACCUGCAAAGUGCUCUACUCCUACAAGGCAUCCCAGCCGGACGAGCUGACCAUCGAGGAGCAGGAGAUGCUGGAGGUGAUCGAGGACGGGGACAUGGAGGACUGGGUCAAGGCCAGGAAUAAGGUGGGCCAGGUGGGCUAUGUCCCAGAGAAGUACCUGCAGUUCCCGGCCUCCAGCAGCCUGCUGGGAAUGCUGCAGUCCCUGGCCGCGCCGGACGCCCGCUCACACAGCUCCAGCAACUCUACGGAGCCCGAGGUGGCGUCCAGCAGCACCAACGGCGACGCCAGCCUGAGCUUUGUGAAGGCCAUGUAUGACUACGAGGGCCAGACGGACGAAGAGCUCUCAUUCCCUGAGGGCGCAGUCAUCCGCAUCCUGCACAAGGACAGCCAGGAGGACGACGGCUUCUGGGAGGGCGAGUUCAACGGCCGUGUGGGCGUGUUCCCCUCUGUGCUGGUGGAAGACCUGGGGGGCUCUGAGAACGGCGACACAUCCUGGGGUCCCGACUCGCAGGUAUCCCCAUCCCAGCGGCUCCACACCUCCCUGCCCCCGCUGCCGCUGUACGAGCAGCCGCCCUGCAGCCCCUACACCAGCCCCGACAGUGCAACAGGACCACCCCUGCCACGGCCCCCCUCCAUCAAUGGGGAUCACAAGGGACCCACCCACAACCACAACAGCAGUAUGGAGUCUCCGGGCUUCUGCCAGCCCCCGCGGUUCCCCCCAGAUGGAGGCCCGGGAAAGCUGCGUCCUGUACGUGCGGCACCCCCUCCCCCACAACAGCACCCCCGCAGGCAGGUGGAGAAGACAGAGGAAGUCGAGAUCACUCUGGUGUGAGAGCGCCGCCCUGGUGGCUCACAAACUGAACUGGACCUGGCUCCUGGCCCCAUGCUCCUUGCCGCUGUGAGAGAGGCGGACAAGACAGAAGGGCCACAGCCUUCACAUCCCCACUCCCACGCCUCCCCCUGACGAGGCAUGGGGCUCCUGGGGGGGGGCAGGACGGGGGCGGGGGCGAGUACACGUGCGCUCUUCCUCGGAGCUGCCAUCGCCGUGGUGCCUUUCCUGCACGUCUCUCUUCACGGCGGGCAUUAUGAACGUUUAGACAAGGCUCCUGUUUAGUGAGGAGGAGGAGGAACGGGGGCCAGAUCGGGGGAUGGGGGGGGGGCAUUUUGGGCGUGUUCCUCCGGCCCCGUCAUAUGUAGUCAUAUCAUACGUGUUUAAUGUGCAUUAGUACAGUACAUUACUGUUGCCAUAGGAGCGUCGUCCCGGGUGUCUCCACACAGCAGUACGACUCGAUACUUUGGUGUUUCGUGGACCGUGGGGGUCGUGCAGAGCGGAAGCGGAGGGGGCUGGCCCCCCCUCCCCCAGGAUCCCCGUGUGACUCUUUAUCUCAUAGAUAAGGGAAAGUGGCAAUUUCAAAUGAUACUAAUAUGACAAAUAUAAGUCUUUCCAGCUUUUAUUAUGAAGACGUGGCUCUGUAUUACUAAUAUUUAGUCCUCAUGAGAACAAAAAAUGCUACAGUGGUUUAGUGGGUGCGAUGGGUGGCUGCCCGCUUCCCAGUUUGGCCCUGUGCUGUUUUUUUCUGCUUUUCUCUCUUUUCUCUACGCCACCCGAUAUCUCAGCAUUAUCGCAAGUGCAUUAUCUCACGUCGACUGUCACGUGACACCGCCGAGGACCGAACAGGAGCCCCGCGUGGCAUUCAAACGGCAGGAGCACAAAGUGGCGACCCCUGCCUGUAAGUGAGGAGAACAACCCCCCACCCCCCCCCGGACAGGAGGCCCGCAUGGCAUACAGGCCGCAGGAGCUGUGACGCCUGCUUGAGAAUGAGGAGAGCUCCCCCCGCUGGACAGGAGGCCUGCGGCAUUUGAACUGCCCUGCAGGGUUGUCAGUUGUGAGCUGAUCCAAAAUAUUCUGUCCUGUCUUUUCCUUUUUUCUACAACACAGCAGUUGCAUUACUUUUGUACUCGUUUUUUUAUGAUAGUGUUUUAAUUUUUUAAAGCCUUUUGCAGCAGGAGUUUUUGAAAGGGACCCAUUGUUCUGUCACAGGUGUGUUUUUCUUUAAAAACAAAAGAUGUUUUCCCCCCUAAGCAUGAACCGUAGCAUCCUACAGUCUCUGUGACAGUACCGUGAUUCCUCCUGGGGGGGAGGGGGAUCACCUCCCCCCCCAUUUUGACACUUUAAUCCCAGAGUAAACCACCCCCCCCCAAUUUUCACCUCGCUCCAUAGCGUUUCGUUCUAGUCGUCCAUGAAAGCUAACAGUGUGAGAGGCCUUGACGCCGUUUUUGGUUUGAUUGUUUUUGUUUUCCUGUAAUUCUUUGGUGACUGUUUUGCUAAGAGCUGCGUGACGAUGGCCAGACACUCGAGUCACGGUGCACGGAUAAAGGAGGGGGGUGGAACUGGUGACUGAUGACAUCCUACACCCUGACUGAAACGGCGAGGCCGGGCCUGAACAGGGGAACGGCCCCCCGGGGAGAGUCCUCAGCACUUGUUUGGGAGCCCAACCUGCCCGCAUGGCUCACUGGGGGGGCUGUGCAGCCACCUGCCCGUGUUGCCCACAUUUGCGGGUUGACGUUGUGUUUGUGGAGCAUGAAUGGAGGGGGGUGGGCUCCCCCACAGUACGAAAAUGGCCCCUGGUUUGGUGAGGUGCUGCUGCAUGGUGUUUACCGGAAGACGAAAAGAGGAAAUGUAUAAUAACAUUAUGUGGAGAGAAUGUGCAUUUCAGUAUAAAAUAAUCAGUGUAGAUUUUGAAAGUAGAUCAGAAGGGAGAAUAUAUUAUCUGUGCUGUCUGUUUACCUCUCUCUCUCUUGUUGAUCUCACUGAGAUCUGUAAAAUGUUAUCAAACUUGUUUUGAAGUUUAUCGUUUACAGCAGCCCCUCCUUUCCAGAAUCCCGUUUUUUUUUUUCCUCUUUCCUCCCUUUAUUUACUCUGGACAGUUACACGCUCUUCCGUAUACCAGCCAAUCACACACGUGGCUUUGAUUUUAUUUCCUCUAUCUUUACUCGAGAGCUGCUAAAAUGCGUAGUAAGACGGACCUUCACUUUCCAGCAAUGACAGUAUCAGAGCAGCGGUGGUGAAUUCUGCAUUUUAUUGGCUGUAAAAAGUUUGUAUUUAUUGUGUACAAAUGUUAAUAAAACAAAUGGAAAAAA